AACAUAUUCCUAUUGACGACAUUGCAUGACCUUUUAAUCAUACAGAUUAUCCGACACUCCUCAGGCCAUGUUCGACGCGCUCUCAGGCGGGCCGCUUCGAGGACCACAAGACCUCCUCCCUCUGAAUAUUCUCAAGCACUCCGACUCCUGCUCCGUACCCAGUCCAGCUGACACUUCUUCGUCCUCAUAAUAGACCUGUCGUCGUCUGACAUGACCUGCUCGCCUCUGAGCUUAUAUUCCAGCUCUGAGUUUCCGCCAGACCGAACUACGAGCCCACGAUGAACAUCCUCGCUCAUCUCCUACUAACCACCCUCCUAUCAACCACCGCUCUAGCCUCUCCCUCGAGCAACAACACCACAACCCACUACCCAGCCCUCACCUCCCCCCUCGGCCCCGUCAUCAACCUCGGAUACGCCGCCUACGCAGGCAACACCACCACACCCACCGGCGAGGCCAACGGCACCGUCGCCUUCUUCGGCGGCAUCCCCUACGCCCAACCACCCGUUGGUGAACUGCGCUUCCGCGCGCCCCAGCCGCUCGACGAGACGCCUGCGUCCGACGGGAAACCGCAGGUCGUGGAUGCGAGGAACUUUGGGCCGGCGUGUUUGCAGCAGCCGGCGGUCGUUGGCGUUGGGAGCGAAGAUUGUCUCCUCCUGAACGUCUGGAAGCCAAGCAACGCGUCCGAGGGUGACAACCUCCCCGUCGUCGGCGGCGGCUUCUACGCAGGCACAACCCAAGGCUUCCCGCUCUACCCCUGGGUCACCCAAGACCAACAAAUCGUCGGCGUCUCCAUGGGCUACCGCCUCAGCGUCCCCGGCUUCCUCGCCACGCCCUCCCUCCUCGCGUCGGGCGACGGCAACGCCGGCCUGCGCGACCAGCGCGCCGCGCUCGACUGGGUCCAGCGCAACAUCCGCAGCUUCGGCGGCGACCCGCAAAACGUCGCCAUCGCAGGCGAGAGCGCGGGCGGCGCGAGCGUCGUCAUGCAGAUCGCCGCGUACGGCGGGCAGCGGGAGGUUCCUUUCCGGCGCGGGACGGGCCAGUCGAUCGGGUUCGGGCCGAUGAUGAACGAUACCCAGAACGCGGAGCUCUUCGCCAACAUAACCCAAUGGGCAGGCUGCCCCUCCUCCCCAGAGUCCACCGCCCUCGCCUGCCUCCGCACCGCCUCGCUCGGCGCCCUCGUCUCCGCAAUCAACCACACCCCGCUCGGCGCCGUCUCGCCCACCGUCGACGCCGCAGCAGGCGCAGACGCCUUCCUGCCCGACCGGCCCUCGCGCCUCAUCGCCCAAGGCAAGUUCGCGAGCGUGGGGUUCACAGGCGGUCACUGCUCCAACGACGGGCGGACGUUCGUCGGCGGAGCGCCCGAGGAUCUGCAGACGGAGGAGGAGGUCGCGAGUGUGCCGUUUAAGCGGUGGCCGGGUGUGACCAACGAGACGAUCCAAGAAGCGCUAGCGCUCUACCCACCCCCGUCGAACGCGAGCGGCGCCGAGUUCUCGAGCGAGUACGAUCGCGCGAGCAUCAUGGCCGGCGACGUCAUCUUCACGUGCAUGGACUGGUUCCUCGCGGAGCAGAUGAUGCGCAAGGGCGUGCAGGACGUGUACGCGUUCCAGUGGAACGCGCCCGACCCCGUUCUGCUCAAGGCGGCGCCGUACGAGGGGACGAUGCACACUUCCGAUAUAUAUUUCUUGUUCGAGGGUACCUCGGCUGACAACGCGGGGUUCACAUUCACGCCGUUCAACUCGACCGAGCUGGCCCUCUCCCAAACCGCCAUCGCAUACUGGACGUCUUUCGCGAGCACCGGCUCCCCGUCCACACUCCGCCUCCCCGGCUCGCCCGAGUGGCUCGCGUUCGCGCCCGGGUACGGGAGGAUGGUUUUGACUGAGGCGACUACCGCCACCGCCAAUGCCACAGGAGCGGGAACGGCGAGCGCGUGGGAGGCGUUCGGCGAUGCGCAUGUGGAGAGGUGUUUGUUCUGGAUGCGGGAGGACGUUACGGCGCAGACGGCGGUUUGAGCGCUGGGCGUGCGGAGUGGGGUAGGGAGGUCGUAAAAUCGGAAUCGGAGUUGGGGUAGGGUGUUGUCGUUGCGUAAGAGGAACAAAGGCUGGUGCUCUUGGAUGGCUUGUGCGCGCUGUCGCCCGUAAAAGACUGGGGUGGCCAUGAGGGCCGACUCGGGCGAUACAAUGUACUAGACAGGCUUCCCGGGCUCGAUGGCGACAUCUUGAUCUCGUGCGGACUCUCCGAGUCGGAGUGCGUCUUUGCGGGUCUCUUGAGCCCUUUUUCCAGAACCGCCCGUCAUACGGGGCAGUCAACCGUCGGUAGUCAGCCGAUUGACGGACUUGCUCACGUCAUGGUAGCAGCUAAAAAUGAGCUAGCGAAGAACAACUCGCGAGCGAAGCUGAUGUUGAUGUCGAAAGAAGCACGCUAGUAGGACAUAGUCGAUUUCAAAGAAAGGACUAACUGCCGAUUUGAUCCCUCGAAGGAAGCCUCGUUGGCAGCGUCGUAUUCGCUUCCUCGUCUAUUUGAAGGCUUGACGGCGAGGUCCAGGUGAAGAGCGUUGAGAAGACCUGGAAAACGAAGAAGUGGUGGCGGGAUG